UGCCCCUGCAGCCACGACAGCCACCAUGAAUAAGGCGGCUGAUGGGGACGAGCUCACAGAACUCUUGGGUGGAAUCCCGGACCUUUUGCAGGCAGCCAACACCAGCGGCAACGCGUCGCUGCAGCUCCAGGACUUGUGGUGGGAGCUGGGGCUGGAGUUGCCUGACGGGGCAGCGCCGGGACACCCCCCAGGCAGCGGCCGAGCGGACGGUCCUGACACCGAGGCGCGGGUGCGGGUCCUCAUCAGCGUGGUGUACUGGGUGGUUUGCGCGCUGGGGCUGGCAGGGAACCUGCUGGUGCUCUAUCUGAUGAAGAGCAAGCAGGACUGGCGCAAGUCUUCCAUCAACCUCUUCGUCACCAACCUGGCGUUGACGGACUUUCAGUUCGUGCUCACCUUGCCUUUCUGGGCGGUGGAGAACGCUCUGGACUUCAAAUGGCCCUUCGGCAAGGCCAUGUGUAAGAUUGUGUCGGUAGUGACGUCCAUGAACAUGUACGCCAGCGUCUUCUUCCUCACCUCCAUGAGCGUGGCGCGCUACCGCUCGGUGGCCUCGGCUCUUAAGAGCCACCGGACCCGAGGGCACAAUCUGGGCUGCUGCUGUGGCCUGAGCCUGGCAGACAGUUGCUGCUUCUCGGCCAAAACAUUGUGCCUACUCAUCUGGGUUUCAGCCGCGCUGGCCUCGCUACCCAACGCCAUCUUCUCCACCACCAUCAAGGUGAUGGGUGAGGAGCUGUGCCUGGUGCGCUUCCCUGACAUGCUGUUGGGAGGUGACAGGCAGUUCUGGCUGGGCCUCUACCACUUGCAGAAGGUGUUGCUAGGCUUCGUGCUGCCUCUGGGCAUCAUCAGCCUUUGCUAUCUGCUGCUGGUGCGCUUCAUCUCGGACCACCACCGAGUGGUGGGGACAGAAGGAGUGGGGUUGGCGACUGGAGGAGGCUCGACUGGAGCCAGCGCCCGGAGACGGUCCAAGGUCACCAAAUCAGUGACCAUUGUGGUCUUAUCUUUCUUCCUGUGUUGGCUGCCCAACCAGGCGCUCACCACCUGGAGCAUCCUCAUUAAGUUCAAUGCGGUGCCCUUCAGCCAAGAAUACUUCCUGUGCCAGGUAUACGCGUUCCCGGUGAGCGUUUGCUUGGCUCACUCCAACAGCUGCCUCAACCCCAUCCUCUACUGCCUCGUGCGCCGAGAAUUCCGCAAAGCGCUCAAGAGCCUGCUGUGGCGCAUCGCGUCCCCUUCGCUCACCAGCAUGCGCCCCUUCACCGCUACUACCAAGCCCGAGCCAGAGGACCAGGGACUGCAGGCUCUGGCCCCGCUCCAUCCCGCGCCCGAGCCCGAUCUGCUCUCCUACCCGCCCGGGGUCGUGGUCUACAGUGGGGGGCGCUACGACCCGCUGCCAAGCAGCUCUGCCUGCUGA